ACUUUGCUCGCGCGUAAGCCUGAACCGCUUCAGCUAAAAAGGCAGAGAGAAGAGAGGAAAACUCCGAUGAAACCUCGCCUUCAUGCGGAUCCGCCGCGUUUCUCUUCAGAAGUGGAUUUUAGAGUACGAGCUCGCUUUUGAACUUGCCUGCUCAGAAGAUGAACCGCUGUGGCGAGAGGACUGAAACCCCCUCUGAGUGCAGGCAGUGUGGUGCUCCCAGGUAAAGGUGUCCUAUGAGGUGAGCUCCACCUCCCCCCUCAGCCCCCCUGUCCCAGCGCCAGCAGCAGCUGCACAACUGAGGGAUGUCCCAGCUGUUCAUCCUGCUUAGCCUGCUUAUACUCUCCUCCUGCAUCCAGGCGUCCUCUGCUUUGUCCGUGAAAACUUUAAUGGCAAGAUGGAUGAUGUACAAAGAUGAAUGCCUCCAAAACAACAGCAGGGACCCACCAGUCACAGGUCUUGUGUGUAAUAGGACUUUUGAUAAAUACGCUUGCUGGCCAGACGGGUUGCCCAACACCACUGUGAGUGUGCCGUGCCCCUGGUACCUGCCCUGGCAUAGAACAGUUCAGCAUGGCUUGGUAUACCUGGAGUGUGAUGCAGAUGGUCAGUGGGUCAAGAAGAAGAACACUAGUGAGUGUGAACCAAAUGACCCAGACCAGAGGGAUAUGCAGCACUAUGGAAGGAUCCUCAGUAAGUUCAGGGCCAUGUACACUGUGGGUUACUCUCUCUCCCUUGGAGCACUGGUGCUGGCACUGGGCAUCUUGGUGGCUUUCAGGAAGCUGCACUGCAUGAGGAACAACAUUCACAUGAACCUGUUUGCAUCCUUCAUCCUGCGAGCCUCAUCUAUACUCAUCAAAGACGCCUUGCUGGAGAGGCCAAGUUUCAACAUUGACCCUGGCAUCACCAAUGACAUGGAGAUGGAGUGGCUUGUCAAGAACGAAGUUUUGCAGACUGCCGUCGGCUGCAGGAUAGCCAUGGUGAUGAUGCAGUACAGUAUCAUUGCUAACAGCUACUGGCUGCUGGUGGAAGGCAUCUACCUGCACAACCUGCUGGCAGUGACAGUUCUGACUGAGGGGAACUACUUCAGCAUCUACUUGUGCAUAGGCUGGGGAGCGCCACUCAUCGUUGUGUUGCCCUGGAUCAUCGUAAAAUACCUCUAUGAGAAUGAGGAGUGCUGGGAGCAGAACAUAAACAUGGAGUACUGGUGGAUUAUCCGUUCCCCCAUACUGCUGGCAGUGCUGAUCAACUUCUUCAUUUUCAUCCACAUCAUUAAAAUCCUGGUGUCAAAACUGAGGGCUCAUCAAAUGAGAUAUUCCGACUACAAGUUCCGACUUGCCAAGUCCACUCUCACUCUGAUCCCUCUGCUUGGCAUCCAUCAGGUCCUGUUUUCCUUCGUCACUGAUGAGUCUACCUCAAAUGGUGCCGUAUCCCUGCGUCUCACCAAGCUCUUCAUUGACCUCUUCUUUAACUCCUUCCAGGGGCUGCUUGUGGCCAUCUUAUACUGCUUUGUCAACAAAGAGGUGCAAUCUGAGAUCCUGAAAAGAUGGAAGCGAUGGAAGCUCGGGAAGGACAUUGAGGAGGAGUAUCGCCACACCUACAGCAACACGGCUCAGGUCACCAACAGCAUGCUUGUGCACGCUUCGGCAAAGCCCAGGCUGCCAGACAUCCCCCGUCUGUCCUCUCCGCUCUCCAGCCCUGAGGAGAAGCACCUGCUGGCUGUCGGCUGCCCUAAUGGCCUGGACCUCCAUCUCAGGGUUCCCCUCACCUCCCUGCCACACGAGGGUGCCACUAACAGCGGCCCACCAGAGGACCCAGAGUUGGCGCAUAGAGUGCAGUGUUACAAAGCACCCCAGGGGAAUGAUGAAAGCAACCUGUGAGAAGGAGGAGCGUGCGUGAGUAUCGCAGUGAUGGUUCCUGUCCGGCCCAUGCUCCAGUCUCACUCAGUCUGGAUCAGUCCUGAGCCUGCCGUCCGAGCAGCAGUCACAUGUAUGACUGUGAGUCUGAAUCCCAGUCGCGUAUGUGACUAGGACUCUGAAUGAUUGUGUAUGUAUGCGUGCAAAUGUGUGUGCACGUGCCUCUGUGGCCACUCUCUGGGUGUGUGAGUCUGAGAGUAUAUGUGUGCAUGAGUACAUAUACACUAAGCAAAAGUCAGAGACUACCCUUUAUUUAUUUAAUUUCCAGUCAAAAAUGCUCUUUGAGUACAUAUUUCCUGCUUUAGAAAAACAUAUAUUUAACUGAUGACGCAGUUGCCUCAACAAAUAAAUAUAAUAUUAAUUUAUUUGCUAUUUAGUGUGUCCAACCUUGCAUUAAUUACAGCUCCUAUUGUUUUCAGGAGCAUUGCUUUCGGUUAUUCAAAGAAAUCUGCAUGGAUUUUUUCCCACACAUCCAAAAUCCAGUCUUAGAAGUUUAUUGCAUUUUCUGCUUCUCACCCUCCAAGUAAUCCCUCACAAUCAGUGAUGUUGAGGUCUGGACUCUGAGAUGGUCAGUCCAUUGUUCUGAGAACACCAGGAGUUUCUUUGUUUGAUUUGCAAAUUUUCUAUUUUUUUGUCUACAUUCUUUUCUCAGUAAUAGCUUUUGACAGCUACACAUCCUUUCUGACUCAUAGUGCUGGGCUGCCUUCUCAGAGUUGAAGAUGUGGAUUCCUUUUUGAACUCCAGUGUUGGUACUUAAUGGCAGUUUUGACUGGAAAUGAAACAAAUGAAGGGUCUCUGAUAUUUGCAUAGUGCUAUAUGUGUGUGCUCAUGUGUUUAUCUGUGAUGUAUAGUCACAUGCAAAAGAAUGAAUGCCAUAUUUUAAGUAAUUAACUUAAUUCCUUUUAGAAAAUAAACAAAUCAUGUAAUUCAACUGAUGGCGUUCAAACUUUUGUAUAUGACUAUGCAUGAGUGAGUGCGAGUGCAAGAUAGAGAGCUCUGUGGCCUCUCUGCUGCUCAGCGUGAAGGACGUUACGGUCAGCUGUUCCUUUCAUGUGAAAAGGUGUUAAGUUUAACCUGUUGUGUGUGUUCUACGCACUCGGCACACGGACCUGGACGCAGGAAUGUGCCUACCAGACCCCAACAGAGAAAAUCUUCAGUGGAAACCUCAAGUGACAUAGAAACCUGAAAUUCACAUUUCCUCCCUAAAACUGUUAAUGGUUAACAGUUUAUUAGGUACGGAAGACUGCAGCCUAACCGACCACUUACACUCAGACCAGAAUAAAGGAAAUUAGAUUUAACUCUUGAUGCAGAUGUCAUAGCACAAGGGGACAAGAGAAGAUAUUUACUCAGUGAUUUUCAAAAGAGGCUUCAUUUGAUUUCCAUUGACAUUACAAUUGUCCUGAAGUCCAAGACUCACAAGGACAAAAGCUUAAAUGAUUCCUGAAGAUUUGAAGAAGUAAUUUAUCAGCAUGAACUCAUGUCUAUGGACUCGAAUCAUCUAAAGAACCGUCUCUGCUAUCUUCAAUUUUAGCUUUGUCUUCAAUGUCGUCCUUACUGUCCGAAAGAUUUCGGUAUUUGUGAAGCCCAUAAGAUUUAAUUCUUGCUGUUGUUCUUUUACUGUGUUGUGGUGUUGUUUUCCAGUGAUGCUGAGGUCUCAGAUUGGUGACUACAGGGUGGUGUGAUGAAGCACAUCAGAAAGAGUGGCUUUCUUUCAAGAUGUGUGAAAACUGAUACUCCAUAUAGCCAAAAGUCUUAUAUGAUAUCUCAUUUUCCUCAAGUGUGACAGUUUACAGGCUGAUGUUUUUGACAUGUUUUGCUAUGAGGCAGGGCUGCACGAUAUGGGCAUGUAAAAUUGCUAUACAUUGCGAUGUGCCCUGCAGUAUUUAAAUAACAUAUUAAUGAAUCCUUUUUGUGGUUAAAGAUUGACCAAAAUUGUUUUCAUUUUUUGGUUCAUGUGAAUGCCUUGAUGCAUCUCCCAGAAAGUCUGGAUCAUCUGUGAUUGGUAACAGAGGCAUCAUUUCUAUAUAGGAGCUUUCUGCAAUAACAGUAUUGCGAAGAUCAGUGUUGCAAUAAUAAUUAGGGCCAUCAGAAGCAGCAUCUUCCUUUCCUAAUUAUAGUCCAAUAUUUAGGUGUCAUAAAGUCUUUUUCACACCAAGUGUUAGAAAUAAACAUGUAAUUUUUUAAUGCAUUUCAAACAUUCAACAAGUGCAAUGUAAUUCUAUUAAACACAUGGGAAAAAAACAAAAAUGAUGAAGAGUAGUAAUGACAACAAAGAUAUAUUUCUGUUAGCCAGCUUGAUUCAAAGAUGCAGACAGUAGGUAACAGCCCAUUCUGCUAAAAAUGCUAAACGGCAAGUUUUUCCAGCUCCUACAGGUGCAGAAGCUUCUAACCAAGUUGAGUUCAGAGAGAGUCCAUCUGUGGUUCCAACGUUUUAUUACAUACAUAAUCUAAGAAUAUCUUGGCCAGUUAGUCCCUGUAGUUACUGAAUAGUAAGCCUUAGUAUGUAAUAAGCCUGGGAUUUUAAGGGGUUAAAAGGAGCAGACAAAUCAGUACAGACCAUGAGCUCUGGUAUGAAAAACCAAGCACUGAGAACAUUUUAUUAUUAUUAUUUUUAAUACUCUGGUUCGGUGUCAUACAUCUUAAAAGCUGUGUUGCUCCCUCUUGAGCAACUGGAAAUGAUCCUAGAUAUACUGAAAAUAUUAUUAUGAUACGCAGUUUUAAUUAAUGUGCAUAUCUCAAUUCAUUGAUGAUUUUUCCUCAUUUAUCAAUGUUUCAGUUUUAUUGUCCCAUCCCUACAAAUUAUAUAUUGUGCAGCCCUGCCAUGAGGCUAACAUUUACUACCUAGAACUGACCUUGCUGCACUUGAGGUAGAAAAUCAUCCGCAGCAGAUUUUUGACCCAUCUGUUUCUUUGUGUGAAGGCAUAAAAAUUAUACGUCCUCCUAUAUACAAAAAAAGCCCAUGCAGUUAUAAAUACACAAAAACAUAUACAUUUUCACAAAUGCAAACACACAGCUGCUAUUAAAAAAUUCAUUUGUGAUCAAUUCCCCACACAUUUAUUAAACAGUCAGUUAGUUAAUAUGAACUCUCAAGCACAGGUUACGUUUAAUGCAUCACCAUAAAUCAUAAUGAUGUGCCAACUGUCAUACAAUUGCCUCUCUCUGAGAACAUGUUGCCAUUGUAAGUAAAAACAGACACACGGAAUACACAAAUAUGGAAAAGCCGGAAAAGCCCUGACUCAAUGCCUUAAUGGGGCAUCAUGCCAGAUCAGGUUCCUCCACACUACACUUCUACACGUGCCUCACCGAUUUUACAUCUACCCUCUCUCCCUGCUCUGCAUUAGGAUGCCAUGUGAGCUGCUGAUUAGUGCUAUAAUCAACUCCUUUUAGCAGUUUUCUCUAUUUUAUGUUUUAAUUAGACUUCUAAUGCAGGUACAGAGCAAGGACUUUAAGACGUCUUACGCUACAGAAAAAAUUCUAUCUUGGCAAAGCAAAUUAUCUUAAAGUUAACAUGUAUGGGAAAUCAUAACGCAUUCUUCUCCCAGUCCUAUUUCCGAGUGGAACACAAUGUCGAGAGGGUCUCAGAGUUAGCUGAGUGAUUUCUCGUUGUGAUAGGAUAGGUGGGGGUGGUGGAGAAAUUGCAACAUGAUAUUAUUGGUUAAUCGUAUUUUUCUUUGCCUGCUGGUGCAUAGUGACGAGCACAUUCAUUACAUUUUCAUGGACGACUGCAGAAAAAACAUUUGGGUUAUUUAAGUUAUAUGAUUUGAUGAAUUGUGCUUAUAUAAUAUGACCGGGACCAGCUGAGUCAGGAGAAAACAUGCUAAAAUAUACUGCUACGAAUUACCCUGAAAUAAUAGCUUAAAAGGCAGAGGCAGCAGGUUGGAUUUCAAGUGUGGGUUUCAGACCACAUCAUACGUCUUUGUGUAAUAAUGUCAUGCGCACAAGUGUCAGAAUGAAGGUCUGGCUCAAUGUUUAGGUUUUUAAAUGCAAAAUCAAAAAUAUACUGAUAAAGAUUUGAUGACAACAGUAGAUAAUUCAUUGCAUCCUCAAAAGACACGUCCUUCACCAAGUUCUCUUUAAAUACUCUUUCAGCAAUCAGAUUCACAACCAACAUUCUUCCAAACUUUACAUGUUAGUACACAUAAAUGUACACAAUAUCUAAAAUUUCCAAUCAUGACGUUUUCAUAAUAAUAUUAUAAAAUGAUUCAACCUAUUUCUGUGAAGUGAAAUGAUCAUACAGCUGUGGCAGGUCAUUUUACUUUUUCAGUUUUUAAUCACAAUUAUCAGCUAGUAAGAUAACUUCAGUUGAUAAAAAAUAAAAUAAGUAAUACUGUUUGGAAUUAUCUACUAAUAAUUCUUACAAUACAAUGAGAAAUGGUUUGUAUAUUGUAAUAAUUCAUCUACAUGGAAAUGGUUCCAAUAUCUGAUAUUUUUCAUGUACAUAUUCACUGAUGCCACUGGUGGUGCUAAUACAUACACCUGGAUUAGCAUGAUAUAGAACAUUUAUUUCUAUUGGGCUACGUAUGCAGUAUAAUGCAAGGGUUUUAGCACACCUACUCUGUGUCACCUAAACAUAUUGGUCUUCUGACAUACAAUAAAUACACCAUCAGACAUCUUUCAAAUUUAAACCUGUCCCAUUAUUUUUAAAAGGAUUUUCUGCUGAUACUGAUAUUGUGCAUCCCAAAGUGUAUUUCCCACAUUUACGAUGCUUUCACUUGCCAGGCCGUCUUUUUUUGCAUUGUUCAGGUGAAUGAGAACUGUUGAUAAGAACUAUCUGAACAAAUAACACUAUAAAGUUGAUCAAAACAUUUUUUUCUUUAUAUCAAAUGAUCCAUUGCAGUCCAGACACAUAGAUGCAGUACUAAAGCAUAUGUUGUGUGGUUUAAUGGAAUCUAGCAGCUGUUUCUUCUUGUUGCACCAGGAUAUACUCAUUCAUCAGCAAACUGAGGAUGAGGACAAUGAAAACAGUUUGCAUGUGACUCAGAGGGACUAUUUGCACAAUUUUCCUUUAUAUAAGUGCUAAAAAUGUAGAUAUCUAUACAUCCUUUUUGAGGUUUAUAAUGACAGAUUUUUUUUAUUUGUUUUUCAUUUGUACACAUUGAUGUUCCUGUCUGUUUCUGUGCUCAUUGUGUGUGGGGGCUACGUGCUUGUGUGGGCCUCCAGGAGGGGAAGAGGGAAGCCUACUUCGGUGUUAGCUGUGCUCAGAAUAGCAUCUUUGUUGUGCACUACUAGAAAGACCAGGAGAGAGACCGCAGUUACCUUCAGAGCAAAGAGAUGAUUCACCCUUCUUUCUGCUCUCGGGGCAAAACGGAUGUGGCUGUUUCGUAAUUCUUGUAGGUAGAAGACUCUUGUUUUUUCACUGACAGCUUUUGUGCAGUACGCUAGGAAAUGCAGUUGGAUGUUGUCUCCAAAGAGGGGAAAAUCUUUAUUGCCAUGAGAUCUCAAAGUCUGUGAACUUCUAUAUCGCUGCUUAUAUGCCAAAGCAUUGCAAAGCAGGCUCGCUAGUUCAAGCUAAUUUAGGCUGCCUACUGAAACGCCAUCAUUUAAUGUUAGCCAAGCAUGAGAGAUGGUAAUAAAUUAUAUAUAUGUUGCUCCACAUCCUCCUCUGCUUCUCACUGGAGUCUCAGGCCUUUGUGUCCUUUGACCAAACUGUAGUGCUGCCAAAACCCAGAGAUCCUGAGACCACUGUAAAAAAUGCUGCAUUGAAUUUACUUCAUAUGAAUAAAAUAUACUCUGUCAACACA